AUGAGUGAUAAGCGGCUAAGGACGGCGGCUUCCCACCUGCCUGCAGAGAUUCCCGCGUUCUUCGCGGGAGGAAUUAAGACGGCUCGCAACGAGCUGCGACAGCUCACAGCCGCAGCUACAGCGCGACCAAAGCUCCACGAUAUAGUUGAGAUAUGGAGUGGAGAACAGACAUGGUUGGAUGUACUGACCGCGCUCACUGGACGAAAAACAGGCCGUGACCAGACCGCGACGUCCGCGUGGUUGAUAGACGGACCUGCUUCUGCAGACGGACGCACCACUCCGCCCAUAUCUACGUGUGGCCCCACUAGCUACGCCGACAUUGCCUGCGACACCACAAGCCAGUUAGAUAACUACCGCACUGGCAGCAAAUCGCACACGAAAAGGGAGAAGGAUGCACCGCUAGAUGGCGACGAGGAGAUGGGCGGUGGCGUGCAUGGAGCGGCGGCUAUGGCGAGACAGCUGGAUCGCCGACGCUGCAUCGUCAUCGGCGUCAUCAUCAGCAUCGAGGUCGGCAUUGUGAUGUUCAUCAUUCUCAGAUCCUACCUGUCCUGAAUCGUACCCAUCCUGUACGUCAUCUGUCUAGCAUACUCACAUCUUACGGGUCUUGUACAUCUCCUGUCCCGCAUACUAAUAUCUUACCUGUUGUGAAUCUUACCUACGCUACACGCACCUGUCCAUCAUACACAACUCUCACCUGUCAUGUACGUCACCUGUCCUGUACGUCACCUCUCUUGUACGUCACCUGUCCUGUACGUCACCUGUCCUGUACGUCUCAUCUCCUGUACGUCGCAUGUCCUGUACGUCACCUGUCCUGUAGGUUACCUGUUCUGUAGUUCACCUGUCCUGUACGCCAUCUGUCCUGUACGUCACCAGGCUUGUAGGUCACCUGUCCUGUACGUCACCUGUCUUGUACGUCAUCUGUCCUGUACGUCACAUGUCCUGUACGUCACCUGUCUUGUACGCCAUCUGUCCUGUAUGUCACAUGUCCUGCAUGUUCAGAUCUCAUCUGUCCUGUACGUCACCUGUCUUGUACGUCACUUGUCCUGUACGUCACCUGUCCUGUACGUCACAUGUUCUGUACGUCAUAUGUCCUGUACGUCACAUGUUCUGUACGUCAUAUGUCCUGUACGUCACAUGUCAUGCAUGUUCAGAUCUCCCCUGUCCUGUACGUCACCUGUUCUGUACAUCACCUGUCCAUCAUACACAGAUCUUACCUGCGCCGUACGUUAUCUGUGCUGCAUACUCAGAUCUUACCUGUCCUGUACGUCAUCUGUCCUGCAUACUCAGAUCUUACCUGUCCUGUACGUCACAUGUCCUGUACGUCACCUGUCCUGCAUGUUCACAUCUUACCUGUCUUGUACGUCACAUGUCCUGUACGUCACCUGUCCUGCAUGCUCAGAUCUUACCUAACAUGUACGCACCUGUCCAGUAUGCUCAGAUCUUACCAGUCCUGUACUUCGCCUCUUCUGCAUAUCAUCUGUAUUGUACACCUACCUGUCAUGUGAGUCACCACUUCUGUAUCUCACCUGUAGAGUAUACUUACCUGUCCUUCACAUCACCUCACUUGUAUCUGACCUUUACUGCACCCAUACCUGUUCUGCAUCUCAAUACGUACCCACUCCGGGAUCACUCACUCACCACUCACGUUACAGACUAUGUCAAUGGCCUGAGGAACGUGCAGGCGUGUGUGUGAUAGUUCAUCAGUUACGUGCACUGCAUCAUGUCAUCACUGCAUCAUGUCGCAGUUGUCUUGAUGAUCUCCAGAAACCUACGCUGUAAUACACGUGUGCUUACGCCUGUCAUUCACGGCCGGUUGUCGCUGAGGUUUAGCCCAUCGAUUGCUAUACAUCGGUGUAUAUAUAGUUAAAUAGUAGAAUGUUCGAAUAGUCAAAAAUACGUUUAUUACCGUAGACCGACCGCACUCAACGCUGUCGGCCGAUUCAAGUAAAGAUACUACAGCAUUGAGUCUGCAUUUGAGUCGGAAUUGAUGUCAGAUACAGAAUCUAUUUUUAUCAUGUCCAAUAUUCUAAACGUAUAUAAUUCAAAAUUCCGGUAUCAUAUAACCAAUGACUUCGCUUCUCUUCGAAGUUUGUAUCCGGUUCGAAUUGCGUAGCAACGAAUACGAAGGUAAUCUUUGUAAUAUUAAGCCGUGCGACACCUCGUGCGUAACGUUAUAUACUAGAAAAAAGAGAGAAAAGUAAUAAACGACAAAUAAUAUGU